CUGUUAUUUGCAUGUGAUUGAAGAAGAAAAGGGGCGUAUCUUGUAGCUGUCAAGCUAGCUAGCUGAUUCAACUUUUAAUAUACAUGCGAGAUAUACAUGUCAGCAUGUACUAGCAAUGUUUUCUUUGCGAGAUGAUGCUGACUUGAGGGAGUUUGUGCUGGAGAAUGUGGAGCACUUUGGAGAGGAGAGGGUUCUAGGAACUGGCUCUUAUGGCUCUGUUCAAGAGGUGAUGAUCAAUGGUGAGGUGUAUGCAGCCAAGAAGAUCCACGAGGUUCUCCUGGAGACGAAUGAGCGUGGUGGAGUGGCCAACCUAGCUGGGAACUGCCACCGAGAGUGUCGACUCAUGGCUCGCAUCCGUCACCCCAACAUCACCCAGUUCAUUGGGCUGUGUUUCGUAACUGGCUCUCGACUGCCCCUCCUGGUCAUGGAGAGGCUGGACUCAAGUCUAGACGAUCUCCUGGAGUCCACCCCCAACAUCCCCCUCUCCGUCUCCCAGUACAUUCUGGUCUGUGUGGCUCGAGGGCUGCUCCACCUGCAUCGUGAGUCCGUGGUCCAUCGUGACCUCACUGCCAGGAACGUCCUGCUGACGGCAUCUCUGAGAGCCAAGAUCACAGACUUUGGUAACUCUCGUAUCGUGAAUCUGGAGCCUGGUCGUCUGGCCAGGACUCUGACGAGGUUUCCUGGGACACUGGUGUACAUGCCGCCCGAGGCCCUCUCUGACAGAGGCCACAGUUUGUACGGACCCAGUCUGGACGUCUUCUCUUUCGGAGUGCUGCAAUUGUUUGCACUCACACAAGUGUUUCCAGGAGAUCUCCUUGCCCCCACGUACAGUGACCCCAACAACCCAGACCACCUCCUGGCUCGCUCAGAGUUUGAGCGUCGAGGUCCCUACACGGCUCUCCUUGAGAGGAGUUUGGCGGGUGGACGUGAGCACCCUCUGUUUGGUCUGGUGAGGGAGUGUCUAGCCAACACCCCAGAGAGAAGACCGACCACCGCUGAGCUCCUCUCGUCUCUGGAGGAGGUGGGGAGGGAGAUGGACGGAGGACUGCUUCAGCUGGACAUUGCACGAGUGAAGACUGCCAGGACCCUCAGGGCAAAGGAGAAGAGGAUAGAGGCUCUAAAGAGAGAGAUGGUCGAGAAGGACAGGAUACUGGAGAGGAAAGAUGAGCAACUUACUGAGAAAGAUGCACUUCUAGUGCAAAAAGACGAUCAACUGAAUCAAAAAGACGGACUUCUGGUACAAAAAGAUGAGCAACUUACUGAGAAAGAUGCACUUCUAGUGCAAAAAGAUGAUCAACUGAAUCAAAAAGACGGACUUCUGGUACAAAAAGAUGAGCUACUUGUUCAAAAAGACGAUCAACUUGAACAGCAAGGAUACCAGUUGGAACAGAACGCUGCACUUCUGGUACAAAAAGAUGAGGAAGUAGCUGACAAAGAUACUCAACUGGCUAGACAGCAACAGAUAUUGAAUAGUCUUCGUGCUAUUGCUGCCACCAAAGAUGGCAUGAUUGCUGACAAGGACAGACAACUCAGUGAACAAGAGUCAACGAUCACUGAUCUCAUUUCCAAGAGAGAGGCUGCUCUAGUUGAGAGGGCCACUCUCUUACCGGCGCACAGGGAACAGAUUGAGCACAAAGAUGCUGAGCUGGUCAGGAGAGACGCCAUCAUUCAACAGCAGAGACAGGGUCCCCCUCCCAGAGAAUUGAGACCUCCACUCACUCUGAAAUGGAGAAGAGGAAAAGACAUGUCAAUCAAGAUGGGUAGCUCGGUACAGAGUGUUGUUAUCGGUGACACGGUGUAUGUUGGUGGAGGUGGUGCAGGCAAUGAUCGUGACAUGUGUACAGUGAUGAAGCUCGAGCAAGAUCAAUGGACCAAACUACCAGAGUACACUGCCUAUUGGUUCGCUAUGACAUCACUCGCUAAUCGACUAGUGCUGGUGGGAGGACGUGAUCCAAGAAACAACAAACGCACCAAUCAGCUUGCAGUGUUUGAGUCAAGAGAAUGGACUCACCCGUACCCACCAAUGAACAUUGCUCGUUCUUCCUCAACAGCUGUCUCCUUCAACAACCACAUCAUUGUAGCUGGUGGGCAUGAUGAUAAUAAAGAAUAUACCUCUGUGGAGGUGUUGGACGUGGCAUCAAGAAUAUGGUACAUUGCUCAGUCACUACCUAACCCACGAUUAGAACCGAAAUCGACUCUCAUAGGAAACACACUCUACCUAAUGGGAGGGUACUAUCGCACUGGAGUAACCAAGACAGUGCACCACGUCGACCUCAAUGAACUCAUUGCAAAGGCCCUUUCCAACCUGGAUACACCCACUCUUUGGCAGACCUUACAGGAAAUACCACUCAAGUUGUCAGCUCCUCUCAGUAUUGGGAGGUCACUAUUAGCCGUUGGUGGACGGGACGGCAAAGGGAACCCAAGUUCAUCGAUCUACCUCUACCAGCCUGACACCAGGAGGUGGGUGAAAGUGGGAGACCUGCCUACUGCACGAUACUGCUGCACAUGCUCAGUACAUCCUAGUGGAGAGGUCAUUGUAGCCGGAGGACAGACAAAACUGUUAAAUAAUUAUUUUAUUCGAACUGUUGAUUUCUUCUCUAUAAGUAGCUUAUAGCUGAUUAGUUAUUUUGUUAAUUGUGCGAUGAGUUUAUAACGAUAUUGAUAUUCUUUUUAUCAUGUUGAGAAA